GAGACCCACAGAUACCGGCCUAGCCCGCUUCAAAAGUCCACGCCCUCCGUGACAUUUGGGACUUCUGACUACCAUCUUCACAUAUCCAGACUUGUCAGUGUCCUCUAAGACAAUUCAACAACACCCGGCGUAUCACAGGCCAUCGAUGCAAGUAUGUCCUCCUCGACAUCAACACAGACGCCCUCCUACACACUCAUUUCUCCAGAGUCCUCAACAGACCUAAACCACUUCAUCGAUAUCAUAACAGAAGCAUUCGCCUUGACGGCUCUCACAACAUCCUUUAUAGUUGACAACGACAAGACACCGCCACCCUAUCCCUCUCCUUCAAUUGACGCCAUUCGUCGACGGCGGCACUUCGCUCGGGGUAUCCUCGACAGCGCUCAUUCCAAUGCAGAUUUGGUGCAAGCAGGAAACUGGUCCGCCAUUGCACUCUGGGAGCCGCCUUCAUUUCAGGGCAAAGCCUUCAUCGACUCCAAAGCCCGUCCGGGUGUGCUGUUGACCGAAUGGCGUGGACGAGUCAAUGCCGCAAAGGCAAAGAACCUCGCCAUACAGUCUGCCCCGUCUACAGACUCUGAAUCAAAUUCUGCCUCGGAUUCAGACAACAACGAACCACAACUACGGCGCUAUUACCAUCUAUCAUUUCUGGCGCGAAAUCCAUCCGUUCCCCGUGUCGCUGGCAGCAUUAAUGCUGUCAUGCUGCCAUUCUUACAACGAGCACGGGCCGAAAACGUCCCAGCCUGGCUCGAAGCCACUACGCCACAGGCCGUCAAGGUCUACGAGCAUUUCGGGUUUCGAGUGGUGGAGGAGAUCGUGGUGGGCAAGGGCAAAGUGGAUGCUCAAGGGUGGCCGAGCGUAGAUGGUAACGGUGAAGGUGUUACUGCUUGGGCUAUGAUCUACGAUCCACACCUGAGAGAUUGAGUGCCCGAGGAUGACUACAACCGCGAAGUUCUUCACGGUACAAAGUCUCGAGAUGCCAGCAAUCGGCGUUCUGGCCACUUAAGUUGGAGACUCCGGUCAAGAGGUCGCGUCGCGUCACCUCAGCCAGAACCAAGGUUCCGUCGGGUCUGUAUGAGCUGGCUGCUGGACCGUCUACGAUGGUCUGCGACCCAUACCGGGACGAAUGUUGGACUCGGCCUGCGCCAGAUCGUCAGAGGCAGCCAAAGGGUGGUCGACAGGCUCAUUGGUAGACCUGGACGAGAAGCGGUAAUAAUAGACGGGGUGGGACCUAUUCUGGAUACACGUUCAUGUUCAGGCGUGAACGUUGAGUAGCAGGAAAACAUAUUGCACGCAUGGCAAAGUCAGGUAGACCGAGAACCGAUCGAGGAUUGCAAGCACACUUAUUCAUUGAUA